CCUGUCGUCUGCACAAAACUUGCCUAGAACAGUGGAAGAAGUGUGCUGAGGCGCAGAUGCAGGGUCUGGCCGAUGCGGCGACUACAAUCAACUCUGCUGCCCUGCCGACAGGUUUCAGCGGCGACCGUUCGAGCAACUUCCGCCAAUUCUCCGAUGCCUUUACUGCUCUGAAGAGUCUCCUAGACUGUCCGGAGUGUGGACUUUCGCGUCUACGUCUGGCCAGGAUGACUGACAAAGGUCAGUCGAAAAACCCUGCAAACUUACAUGUAAACUUAAACCCAUGCACUGUCAUACUUAAUUUCAAAAUAGCUUCAAACUGA